AGAGAGAGAGAGAGAGAGAGAGAGAGAGAGAGAGAGAGAGAGAGAGAGAGAGAGAGAGAGAGCUGGCAAGGUGGCGGGAUUUGUGUCGAAGCCUCUGCUCUGUCAGACAUGCGCAAGAGCGUCAGCACCGCCACCGUCGCCGCCGCCGCUGCUGCUCUGCGUUUCCGCCUUGGCUGAGCGGCGCACACAGCCGAGAGGGGAGGGGAGGGAAGCCGUGAGGAAGAGCGGAGCCAGCCACCAAGACGCAGUGGGGCACAGCACGGACUCCGAGCAAAUCACACCGACGCACCAACAUCCCAGCAGCACGUCUCCAAAAAAAAAAAAAAUCUCCACGUCAAGAAGCGACCUGAGCAGCGCGCGCCACAACCGUCAAGCAUGGAGACUGCGCUAAAAAACAAGCACUAAAAUGUGAGAUUUACAGAGGAAAUCAAAAGAGAGAGCGAGCGAGCGAGCGCGCGCGCGUGUGUGUGUAUGUGUGUGUGUGUGUGAGAGAGAGAAAGAGAGAGAGAGAAAGUGGCUAUCCCCUGUAUCUCUUGCGGGUGAUCUCAAUUGUGUGCUCUGCAGUCUGAAAAUGAAGAAGUUCAACAUCAGGAAGGUGCUGGACGGCUUGAAAGAGGCGUCCUCCUCCACCCCGUCUGUCCAAGUGGGGCCACAGGAAAACCAUCUGAUCCAGGAGAACCUCCAGUCCGAGCAUUUCCAGCUCUGCAAGACUGUCCGUCAUGGCUUCCCCUAUCAGCCGUCGUCCAUGGCCUUCGACCCCGUGCAGAAGAUACUGGCCAUCGGCACCCAGAGUGGAGCUCUCAGAUUGUUUGGUCGUCCGGGUGUGGAGUGUUACUGUCAGCACGAGAGUGGAGCUGCCGUCAUCCAGCUACAGUUUCUCAUCAACGAGGGAGCGCUGGUGAGUGCUCUGGCUGAUGACAGUGUCCACCUGUGGAACCUGAGGCAGAAGAGACCAGCCAUCCUUCACUCCCUCAAGUUCAACAGAGAGAGAAUAACUUUCUGCCACCUGCCCUUCCAGAGCAAAUGGUUGUACAUCGGCACAGAACGAGGGAACAUCCACAUCGUCAACGUGGAGUCCUUUAUGCUCUCAGGCUACGUCAUCAUGUGGAACAAAGCCAUUGAACUGUCCUCCAAGGCUCACCCUGGACCAGUUGUCCAUAUAAGCGACAACCCAAUGGACGAAGGAAAGCUUAUAAUUGGAUUUGAGUCUGGGAUCGUGGUCCUGUGGGAUCUGAAAUCAAAGAAGGCCGACUAUCGCUACACUUACGAUGAGGCGAUCCACUCAGUUGCCUGGCAUCACGAGGGCAAGCAGUUCAUUUGCAGUCACUCAGAUGGAACUCUGACCAUAUGGAACGUCAGAGGCCAGGGCAAGCCGAUACAGACAAUCACCCCACACGGAAAACAGCCCAAGGACGGGAAGAAGCCAGAGCCUUGUAAACCCAUUCUCAAAGUGGAGUACAAAACCACUAGAAAUGGGGAGCCCUUCAUAAUCCUGUCUGGUGGUCUGUCCUACGACACGGUGGGCCGGCGGCCUUGUCUGACGGUAAUGCAUGGGAAGAGUACCGCUGUGCUGGAGAUGGACUAUCCUAUAGUAGAUUUCCUCACACUCUGUGAGACACCAUACCCUAAUGAUUUUCAGGAACCUUAUGCUGUGGUGGUCCUUCUGGAAAAGGAUUUAGUGGUGAUCGACCUUGCACAAAAUGGUUACCCCAUAUUCGAGAACCCCUAUCCUCUGACUAUCCACGAGUCUCCUGUGACCUGCUGCGAGUACUUUGCCGACUGCCCUGUGGACCUCAUACCUGCACUUUACUCUGUUGGCUCGCGGCAGAAACGACAGGGCUACAGUAAAAAGGAAUGGCCUAUUAGUGGUGGAAACUGGGGUCAAGGCACACAAAGCUACCCAGAGAUCAUCAUCACUGGGCAUGCUGAUGGAACCGUGAAGUUCUGGGAUGCUUCUGCAAUAAUGCUCCAGGUGCUCUAUAAGCUCAAAACAGCCAAGGUGUUUGACAGAAACCGGUCCAAGGAAGACAAGGGCAGCACGGAUGUGUCAGAUGAAGACCCCUUUGCUAUUCAGAUUAUGGCCUGGUGCCCUGAAAGCCGGAUGCUGUGUGUGGCCGGGGUGUCAGCCAAUGUUAUCAUCUACCGCUUCAGCAAGCUGGAAGUAACUACUGAGGUGGUGCAGCUACUAGAAGUGCGAAUGCAGUACGAGCUGAAUGACAUAGAGUCUCCAGACGGCGGGGGUGGAGGCGGGGAGCAGACAUCGGCGCUUCCAACACCCGGUGCCUCCCCUCAGACAAGCGGCCCACCUUCACACCCCCCCACCAGCAGCAACAACUCUGACGGAGGCAACGUGCCCUGCCUCAAAGUGCGCAGUACUCCUCUGAAGCAGUCUCCAGGUUACCAGGUAGACUUGGUGGUCCAGUUAGUGUGGGUGAGCGGAGAGCCUCCUCAGCAGAUCACAAGUCUGGCGCUCAAUUCCUCCUACGGCCUAGUGGUGUUUGGCAACAGUAACGGUCUGGCGGUGGUGGACUACAUCCAGAAGACAGUAGUGCUGAACUUGGGGACGGUCGAGCUUUACGGCUCCAAUGACCCCUACCAGAGACAGCCCCGGUCGCCAAGAAAGACGCGACAGCCUUCUGGAGGUCUAUGCGACAUCAACGAGGGCUCAGCCACAUCAGAGGACCGCUGCAAGUCCCCUACUUCAGACCACCGGGACAAUUCUUUCAGCCGCUCUCGCUCCUCCAGUGUCACCAGCAUUGACAAGGAAGCCCGAGAAGCCAUCAGCUCCUUCCACUUCUGCGAGACCUUCGCCCGGAAGGGAGACAGCACUUUGACACACUGCCUGUAUGUGGGCACCUCCCUGGGAACCGUGCUGGUUCUAGCUCUCACGUUGCCACCUGCUGGGGAGCAACGACAACUGCAGCCGGUUAUCAUUUCACCUACAGGCAUGUUGGUACGGCUGAAGGGCAGCAUCUUGCGCAUGGCUGUCCUGGACUCCACAGGGUCCCAGAUGCCCCCCGCGUACGAGCCUUGGUUUGAGCCUAACGUUACAGCAGAUGGUGAAGAAAGAGAGAAGGUCCGCAAGCGCCGGCCCGUCUCUGUGUCUCCUUCCACCUCCCAGGACCUCAACGAGAGCCAGUACGCUGUGGUGUGCUCAGAGAAACAGGCCAAAGUCAUUUCCCUCCCCUCCCAGACCUGCAUCUAUAAACACAGCAUCACAGAGACCUCCUUCAUCUUGCGGGUAGAUGUGGUGCAGAUGAGCCAAGGCAUGUGUGUGGCUUGUUUCUGUGCCAACGGCCACAUCAUGACCCUCAGUUUGCCAGGACUGAGACCGCUCAUGGAUGUAAACUACCUGCCUUUGACGGACAUGCGGAUAGCCAGGACAUUUUGUUUCACCAACCUAGGUCAGGCCAUGUACCUCUGCUCCCCCACCGAGGUCCAGAGGAUCACUUACAGCCAGGACACCUGUGAAAACCUACAAGAGAUGCUGGGUGAACUUUUUACACCAGUGGAGACCCCAGAGGCACCCAACAGAGGGUUCUUCAAAGGUCUCUUUGGAGGAGGAGCACAGUCACUGGACAGAGAGGAGCUAUUUGGUGAGUUAUCAGCCGGAAAGGCAUCUCGAAGUCUGGCUCAGCACAUCCCAGGCCCGGGUGGCAUUGAGGGCAUGAAGGGGGCAGCCUCUGGUGUGGUUGGAGAUUUGGCACGUGCCCGAAUAGCACUGGAUGAAAGAGGCCAGAAACUGGGCGAGCUGGAUGAGAGGACAGCUGCCAUGAUGGCCAGCGCAGAUUCGUUUUCCAAACACGCCCAUGAGAUGAUGCUGAAGUGCAAAGACAAAAAAUGGUACCAGUUCUGAUCAGUGACGGGGGAGGAGCAGAGCUCCAUGGACAAGGCUUUCACCUUCCAUUGGCUCAUUUGGACUCACCAUGGCCCCCCUUCCCAACCCGUCCGUCUGUCCAUUCAUCCAUCCCUCCAAGCCUUCUUCACUGAGACACUUGGGAUUUUCUUCCCUAGCACAAUGUUGAAUACUGUUCUUACCUCAGUCUUAAGGUAGAACUGAGGGGUAGACAGGGGAGAAGGACAACCUCAGAGGAAGCAAAUAAAUGGUGUCUUUUUUUAUUUUCUCGUCUGUUUGUUUAUCUCUGUUCAGCCUCUCUUCCGAGGUAGCCAAUUGGCCCACGCACCUGGACAUUCUUCAUACUCAUUUGCCAAAAACAUCCUUUACUGUUUUCUCCGCUCGGAGCCCACUGUGGACAGUAUUCAAACCCAUGAACACAGCUGAAAAAAGACAAAUACCUAAUGAAGAAACAAAGACUACAAAAAAUUAUUUAAAUGUAAAAAGAAGGAAAAAGAAUCUAAAUACAUCAUUAUAUAUACAUAAAUCUAAUAAAUGUGCAACGCUGUAUCCACUUCCGAGUGACUAGUACAAAAGAAAGGGAUAACUCAUGGAGGAGACAGGAGCAAGGUGAGAAGGCUGAAGGAGGCAGCGUUGGAGAUCCAAAAGAAGUGCUGCGGCAGUGACAGACGCCUCCUCUAUGCAGACAGUCACAGGGAUAAAAGCAACUUAUUCUGAUGUACACUGGAUAUCUCUUCAUCUCGCUCAACCUCUAGACUCUCCUCUGUAUCUUACAGACUUUCAUAUCGUUACCAACAGUGUGUGUGUGUGUGCGCCUGUGUGUGCGUGUGUGUGUGUGUGUGUGUGUGUUAAUUUCUAUUUUCUUGCCAUUCCUCUAUUUGUUGGGUUUUUUGCUCCGUCUGUAUUAUUGGAAAAUCUCUUAUUUUUCUAUUGUUGUGAAAGUGGAUGAUAUUUGAUUUGUUGAAAAAAAAAAAAUCUGUUUUUGUGGCUUUUGUCUAACAACUCAAAUUAAUUUCUCCUUAUGAAAAGGGCUGGAAUCUAAAAGGAGGGCAAGGAUAUAAAAGGCAUAUAUCAUUUAGUACUCACUGACAUGAUAUGAACCACUCACAUUUAUUGUUUACCUGAGGAUUUCAAUGCUUCUCUUAUCUGAUGUGAUGCUAACUGCCUCCCUCACCCUCUAAUGUCAUAAGCUUCCACAGUUUGGCUUAGUCUCUGAGUGUGACUGUACAAAUGCUGAUCAGAUCAGUAUUAAAUACACUUAUAGUCUAGCCAGAAUUGUUGGUUUCUAAAUUCUGGAGUACACAUGAGUAGAAAUCCUAUUUAUGUGUAUCCAUAUAUGCAGGAUAAUAGAAACAUGGAUGUGUAAUCCUUUAAAAGUAUGAAAUGUAAACAUAUUUCAGUUUAUUUUCAGUAUUUUGUUGACAGUUGUCUAUAUGAGAAAGAUGUCUGUGUGAUUCCUUUGUUAAUAUUUAUUUAUUGAGGUGUAAGAGACAGUUGUGUUUGGUGUCAGAAACUUUCACCUUCAUUUAUAUCUUGUUUCUAUAUCCAUGUUUGCAGUAAAGCUCAAAUGUGGUGUAUCUCUCUGUCUACCAGGCUUUUAACCUUUAUUUGUAUAUAAGUAAAUAGUUUGACAAUCUAAGACCAACUGGAAAGUAAAUGUCAAGGUUGCUCAAGCAACAUAAGAGGAGAGAGGCCAUAUUUUUUCUGACGCCAAAGAGUUGCUUUAGCUUUUCCAUUGCAUUAUCAUUUGGCUCGUCACUCCAUGAGUCUUGACACCAGAAGUUAUACAGUAAUAUGUGUAAUUCUGCGUGGCUUCACCCAUGGGGUGCAGAACCUAUUUAGGAGUCAUCUUCAUCACCUUUCAGGGUUCAAGAAAUGGAGCAAGUUGCAAUGGAACUCAGCCAUUUAUAGUAAUAUUGUAUCACAGUAUGUCUUUAAAUGUAACAUUUGGACAAAUGUUUAAUGUUUAAAGUGGCCUAACUGUUGGUUGAUAAGGCUGUUUCCUUAAAACAAAAAACCUGAACCAUUCCACUACAGCUCAGACACAACAAUAUUUAUGGUAUUCAUCUAUGUGUGUGUGUGUGUGUUUGUGUGUGUGUGUGUGUGUGUGUGUGUGUGUGUGUGUGUGUGUGUGUGUGUGUGUGUUUGUAUUUAUGUCUGUCUGUGUGUUAGGGUGUGUUCAUGUAAAUUAAGUGAUAUAAUUUAAGAGAUUAUAUUUUGGUUGUUUAAUAAUUGAUGUUAAUGUCCUAGUCGCUCACCAGUCAGCAGUCUGUGUCCAGUCGAGUGUCUGUUACACUAACUAAAGCCACUGAUGAUGAUAAAAAAAAAGAAAACAAUAGUAUAGUCAGCAUUAAAGGAUGACCUCUGAAUUCUGGUUUAAUUUAACUGCCGCAUGUUCAGUCUUUGCACACAUGCUUCAACCCUCCUUCACUUUUCAGUCUUUGCCUUUGUCCUCUAACGUCUCUCUUCCUCCAGUGAGUCUCCUGGUGACUCCAUUGGUUCUACAGCUACGGAUCUGGCCUCCUGUGUUUAGUAAGCAUUUUAGUGUGGAUGUUGGUAGGUAGCUCUGUCUUUCCCCCCCAUGGCAAAGAAGAAGAAAAAAAAAAAUUCAGGAAAAAUAGCUAGGUUUAUUUAGAGGUCAUCCCUGAAAACCACUUCAGCGUCUUUCCCUCCAACCCAACUGUUAUGUGUUUAUUCUUUUUCUUUUUCAAUGUUAUACUUGUUUCUUCAUUUUUGAGUGAUUUGUUUCUUGUCCAUACACUACAGUAUGCAGUAUUCUUACCCAAUACAAUCCACACACUCAAACAAGAAGAGGGAGUCCUGUCGAUCUGCCAUACGCCAUCUUCUGUCCUGGAUUCAACAGUUAUCAGUGGGUUGCAGUAUUUUUCUCAUUGUAGCCAAUUUUCUUGUACAGUUUUAUGCAACUUUCACAUGGAUGUUUAUGACUUUAUCUGCUGCCACAAAAAUUUAGAAAUUCUGUAGAUAGAGAUUACUGUGCAAUGGAAAAUAAAAGUGGAAAAUGUA